CUUGCAUAUACUUACUUAAAACUAAUUUAUAUAGUCGUUCUAAUCUGUUUAUAAUGGAAAGCAAAAUUGACCAAAUGAAGUCAACAUUGGAACUGAUGGAAUCACGCAUAACAAAGAAUUUAAAAAUCGAAAUCAAAGCAAUCGUAGAAGAGAGCAUAAGGGACCUACUUGAAGAUUCAAUAACUGAACACGAUAAGAAAAUAUCAAGUCAAAUCAACGACUCAGUCAUGAAUAAUACCCAACAAAUGACUGAGAAACUGGAAACAAUGUUUCUCCAGACUGACCAAUUAGUUGAGAAGCUCUCCAAAGUAACUCAAGAACUGGAAUAUCUGCGUUUCAACAAUACUAAAUUGGACACCGACUUAUGCACUGUCAAAGCUAGUCAAGAAUUUAUUAGUGCAGAAUUCGAGAUUCAAAAAGAUUAUAUUGCAAAACUGGACCAGGUGGUGAGAGAUCUGACUGCAAAAAAUGAAACCCUACUCAGCAUUUGUAACUCCCUUCAGCAGCGUUUUGAUCACGACUUCGAAGACCUCGCGCAAUAUAUGAGGAGAGAAAAUCUUGAAUUUCAUGGAAUUCCUUACAAAGAUGGUGAAAACACAGAUAAAAUAGUUGUGGGAAUAGGGAAAAAACUGGGCAUAACUGUUGAAAGGCUGGACAUUUCAGUUUCACAUCGUCUUCCAAGGAGAGACUCGUCCAAAACUGGGCCCAUCAUUGUGCGUUUCACCAACAGAAAUAAAAAGAAUGAGUUUAUAGCCAAAAAGUAUGACGCGUCACGAAUCAAAGACUUUGGGAUUACAGGUAUGACCUCACUUUACAUAAACGAAAACCUCACUAAUUUCAGGAACAAUCUUCUUUAUAACUCGAGACUAAUAAAAAAGUCUAAAAUGUUUGAGAGACUAUGGACAACCAAUGGCAACAUUUAUUUGAAGAAAUCUAAAGAUAGUCCUAGAAUCCCAAUUACCAAGCUCUCAGAUUUAGAUAAAUUAUCCUAAAUUAUGUAUUGAUAUAUUUGUGUAGCCUACUGGACCUGUAAAAUGGCUGCCCAGCAGUAUUGCUUUAACUGUUUUACAAGUAAUAGUAGUCUUUGCAGUGCUUGUUUGAAAUCAAUUUUUCCAUUUUAUAGCUGCCCAUAUAUAACAGACAAUGAAUUAGAACCUCUUGAUACUACUGAUUUCAAUUUUGAGAAUGUUAAACCCUGCUCAUCACUUGAGACUAUUGAAAAUGUAUAUAACACCUUAGGCUCUUCGGGAACACCUGAAAAGCGAUUUACUUUGGCACAUUUCAACAUUCGGUCUUUACAAAAGCAUAUCGAUGAACUGUCAAACAUUAUAUCUGAUCUAAAUUCAAUUCCUACAGUAAGAGCACUUUCUGAAACUAAACUUAAAGCAGAUCCAAUUGUUAAUAUAGAUAUUGAAGGUUAUGAUUUUUUCCAUGCACCAACCAAAACUCAUGCUGGUGGAGUCGGAUUGUAUAUUAAGUCUCAUCUCAAUCCUAUAAUGGUGCCUAAAUAUACGCUAAAUGUCAACUCAUGUGAAGAGCUUUGGGUUGAAAUACCUAUUCAUUUUGAAAAGUUUUCUUCCAUUGUUAUUGGUAUUGUUUAUCGCCACCCAGGAUCCAAUGAAUCUGAUUUCAUGAGCGAACUUAGCAACACGCUUCAGAAUUUGGCAUUCGAUAAAAAGAAAUUCAUUAUACUAGGUGACAUUAAUAUUAAUUUAUUAAGCUUCUCAACAUUCACAAGAGGUUUUCUUGAAAUGUUGAUGUCUCAUGCCACUAUUCCAGUAAUAACCCUCCCGACGAGAGUAACUAGUUCAAGUGCUACUUUAAUAGACCAUAUUUAUUCCAACAUAUCUGAAAAAUGUGUUUCGUCUUUAGUUUGGCAAAAUUGUAUGACAGAUCAUUAUCCUAUUUUUUGUCAAAUUCAACUUAGUCAUGCAUCUUCCCACUUUCAACAUAAAUUAAAACGUGACAUGAGAAAUUUUAAUAGUGUUAACUUUGUUCAAGACGCCCUGAAUGUUUUUACCUCUUAUGACCUUUUUAAUGUUAAUCCUGAAAAUUUUAAUCUUCAUUUCAGUGAUUUCAUUUCUAAAGUUUUAAGUGUAUGUGACAACCAUGCACCACUAAGAAACCUAACCAGAAAGGAACGUCAAUUAGAGAGAAAG